UUUGAUUCUUGAUGUUGAUAUGAGGUUUUGCAUUUUGCUGUUUAGCCUCUAUAAUUCUGCUGUCAGAGUCUUCUGCAUUUGGGGACUUGCUAUAUCUUUACCCCUGCCCUCUGGAGACUGCUGGUGACAUCACUGACUGUAGUUUUAGGGUUCUCCUUCACAACUCUUCACAGGAUUCGUCUGUCAUCAACUGCAGUACAACUCAUACAGGUACUUAGAGUUGUCUGUAGCCUACACAACUCACAUACAAGUUUGGAUAGUUUAUUCUCUGUUUGGCACUGUGAGUGCCUGUGGGUUUUCUGGCUUCUGUUGUUGGUGGCUUUUUGUCAGUAUAGAGGAAAUGUAAGAGUGAUAUUCUGCAGAUAUAUAUUUAAAUUUAGUUGAUUUUAGUUACAGAAAAGCGGAAGGUAAAGCGGUGAUGAAGUAGAAGGGUGGGAGCUUUUGUGAGAAUUUUUUCGCAACUUGCUGCCCACACAAGCAGAUAAGAAAAGAAUGCAUUAGAGGUGCUGUACAGUAUAUAUAAUAGCCCAGGGGUUUCGUUUUUUUCGCUCUUUUGAUCACUGAAGUUGAAGCACUAACCUUCCUCUUGAAUCAUGCAGGCAAACAGAGGGGUCACAUUGAUCUUGCUGAGUCUAAUGACAAGACUGGGGAGCCCAAAGAAUGUACUGACUCUGCAGCCUAACCGGCUCCUGUUCUUCACUGGAGAGACCGUCACUCUCACGUGUUCGGGACGGCCAUUCAGACAUUAUGGAUUCACGUGGAUGAGAUUUGAAUCAAAUAGUUGGCUGAUAAAGCACACAUCCCAGGAUAACAUCUACACCAUCGCACCUGUCACUGAAGCCCACAGUGGUGUAUAUAAGUGUUCUGGUGAAUACGAAAGUGAUCCUGUCAGACUGAACGUGUCAGCACUGCCUAAAGCCACUCUGACUGUAGAGCCAAAAUGGCAUCCACUGUACAAUGGAGAGACCGUCACCCUGAGUUGUGAGGUGGACUCCGACAGCAACUGGAUAUAUUCCUGGUACAAAGACCAGGCCCAGAUGGCUGUGUCUCAGACUGCUGGUCACAGUGUAACUGGUAACAGACUCAACAUCCCUGGUGCUGCUGGGACUGACCAGGGGCAGUACUGGUGUGAGGGGAGGCUGGAGGGGAGAAAAGUGACAUCACAGCGCAGCGACUCCAUCACUGUUGCAGCCCUGCCUAAAGCCACUCUGACUGUAGAGCCAAAAUGGCGCCCACUGUACAAUGGAGAGACCGUCACCCUGAGUUGUGAGGUGGACUCCGACAGCAACUGGAUAUAUUCCUGGUACAAAGACCAGGCCCAGAUGGCUGUGUCUCAGACUGCUGGUCACAGUGUAACUGGUAACAGACUCAACAUCCCUGGUGCUGCUGGGACUGACCAGGGGCAGUACUGGUGUGAGGGGAGGCUGGAGGGGAGAAAAGUGACAUCACAGCGCAGCGACUCCAUCACUGUUGCAGCCCUGCCUAAUUCCUCUCUGACUGUUGAGCCAAAAUGGCGCCCACUGUACAAUGGAGAGACCGUCACUCUGAAGUGUGAGGUGGACUCCUACAGCAACUGGACAUAUUUCUGGUACAAAGACCAGGCCCAGAUGGCUUUGUCUCAGACUGCUGGUUACAGUGUAACUGGUAACAGACUCACCAUCCCUGGUGCUGCUGGGUCUGACCAGGGGCAAUACUGGUGUGAGGGGAGGCUGGAGGGGAGAAAAGUGACAUCACAGCACAGCGACUCCAUCACUGUUGCAGCCCUGCCUAAGGCCUCUCUGACAGUAGAGCCAAAAUGGCGCCCACUGUACAAUGGAGAGACCGUCACACUGAGGUGUGAGGUGGACUCCUACAGCAACUGGACACAUUUCUGGUACAGAGACCAUAACCAGACAGCCACAUCUCUCACUAAAGAGUACAGUGUAAACAUCACUGGGGCUGCUGGGUCUGACCAGGGGCAGUACUGGUGUGAGGGGAGGCUGGAGGGGAGAAAAGUGACAUCACAGCGCAGCGACUCCAUCAAUCUGACUGUUGCAGGCGCACAAGUGAUUCUGCGCAUCGCACUUGGAGUUGGAUUCUGUCUGAUUGUUUUAGCCCUGAUUUUCAUUCUCUUCCAGAAACACCGCAGGAACAAAGGUUUGAGCCAGGCUGCUGGACCCAGCUGUGAGCCCCUGCAUUCUCAGGCCAAUGUGACCAAUCAGAAGAAGAAAAGGAAAGGUGAGUCAUCGCUCUGCCCUAGGCCUGCUGCUCUGUGAGAACAGGGAGACAC